AGAAAACUUAUAUGAUUAAUAUAAGAACAUGCAGAGAAAUUAUAUAUUUAUUGGAUGUGAUGAUGGUUAUGUUGUUGUAUGGGGCUAUUUGAGUACAAUGAUAAUAUCAUAUAUUAUUAUUACUCGUAUUAAUGAAAAUUAUAAUGAUUUUGUGUAAUCGGUUACAGUAUUCAAAUAGAAUUUUCUUUUAGUUGUGAAUUAAAUAUUAAUUACAGCAGAAAGUAAAUUAUGUGUUAAGCUGUCUAUUUCUUAUGUUCUUAAAAAUGAAUUAAUUAGAUGGUCACAUAACCUCAAGAUUUGUUAUGUGACAACGUAAACAUAUGACCAAAAUGGGGAGUUUUACUUUCUACGAUUAUGCGGUUCUACUGAUUAUUUUAACUAUUCUGUCAGCCAUUGGGCUGUAUUACAGAUAUACUGGAGGGAAGCAGUCAUCCACUGAGGAAUAUCUACUGGGAGAUCGAAAUCAAGGUGUACUACCUGUUGCCUUGUCUCUGGUGGCAAGCCACAUGUCAGGUAUUUCCAUCCUUGGGGUACCAGCUGAGGUGUACUUCAGGGGUGCUAUCUACAGUGUAGCCAACAUCGCAUUGUUAAUUGUCAUACCUGUAACUGUCCAUUUGUUUCUGCCGGUCUUCUUCAAGGUAGCAUCAAUGUCUGUGUAUGAGUAUCUGGAGUUGAGGUUUGGGCGACAUCUACGUGUGCUAGCCUCUCUCGCCUAUCCUGUACAGAGUGUCCUCUUCAUGGCAGUGGUCCUGUACGCCCCUGCCCUGGCCCUAGAGACACUCUCUGGCCUAUCUACCACUUGGUCUAUACUUGUUGUUGGUUCUGUCUGCACUUUCUAUUCUACUGUUGGCGGAAUCAAGGCAGUCAUCAUGACAGAUGUCUUCCAGUUUAUUCUGACCAAUCUCGCAGUCUUGACAAUAAUUCUGACAGUAUAUUUAGAGAAAGGCAGUUUCAUAAAUAUUUGGACUGCAGCAAAAGAAGGCGGUAGAUUAAAUUUCUCUAAUUUCAGCUUGGAUCCCACAGAACGACAUACUUGGUGGUCUCUUAUUAUUGGGGCAACCUUCACAUAUAUGGGUACUUACGCGGUACAUCAGUCUCAGGUACAACGUUACCUCACACUGAGAGAUCACAGAACUGCACUGAGAACAUUGUACGUCUCUUGGCCAAUCACAACUGCCUUCUCUCUUAGCAUGAUAUUCGCAGGUCUCUGCAUAUACUCUAAGUACCAAGGCUGCGAUCCUCUCAUGGCACAUACCAUCAGGAGCGAAGACCAACUAGUCCCUUAUUUUGUGGUGGAUACCCUCAGCUCAUGCCCUGGUAUUCCAGGACUAGUAGUGGCUGGAAUAUUCUCUGCCUCUCUCAGUAGCAUAUCUGCCAACCUCAACUCUCUGGCCACAGUUUCUGUCCAGGACUACAUCAGACCACUUUACCAACAAAAGAAGAAAUUAUUUCCAACAGACAAAUGGACUUUAUGGAUGACAAAACUGUUGGCCUGUUUGUAUGGGUGUUUGUUGAUGGUAAUCACAUACCUGGCUCGCUAUAUGAGGGGAAUACUACAAACUGGCCUCACACUGGCAGGGCUGAUGGGAGGGCCAAUGGUGGCUGUUUACACCCUUGGACUGUUUGUUCCGGCAGCCAAUGAGCCCGGGGCCAUAGCUGCCCUGCUCUCUGGUUUGGCAAUAUCCGUGUGGCUCAGCUUUGGUGGCCCCAAACCUCCAAUAGUUAAUCUGCAGUCCUCCACAUACAGUUGUUUGGAUAACAUUACAACAACUUCAGAUUUACUUACAAGGCCAGGAGAGUACUUCUACCUGUACAGGCUCAGCUACUGGUGGAGUGUGGUUCUUUCUUGUCUUCUCGCCUUCACUAUAGGUUGGCUAGUCAGUCUAUACACUACUGCUGUCUACAAAUUCUCUUGUAAUACUGAUCCUGAAUUGUUUUCCCCUCCUGUCAUGAUUAUUUUAAACAAGAGGAAACAAUCGCUCAAAGAAAAUAUUAGUUCAGUUAUACAUUUUGAAAAUAAGAAACAAAAUAUAAAUUAAAAUGUUGUACAAGUUAACAUGCUGUAUAAAUAGAAAAUAUAUAUACUUUUUUUUAACA